AUGACCUCACGCAGUCACGUCGUCGAGGCCGGGGAUUGGCUGGCGGUGGCUCAGCGGCACUUCAAAGCCGGCGAGGGAGCUACAAUUGUGGUGGAAUGGGCGGAACUGAUCAUUGUAUUGCACACCUCUAAAAAAAACACUGCCUCUGAUUUAUCAAUAUAAAAAAGAUCCUCUGAGAGGAGGGCACUUUUGUGUGAUGGCAACUUCACUUCUAGGGGAGGAACCGCGGGUAGGCUCCACGCCGCUGGCCAUGCUCGCCGCGACCUGCAACAAGAUCGGCAGCCCCAGCCCAUCGCCGUCCGCCCUCUCGGACAGCGCGUCCUCCUUCGGCAAAGGCUUCCACCCCUGGAAACGCUCCUCCUCCUCCUCGUCGUCCUCGGCGGGCAGCUGCGGUGCCGUGGGCUCUGGCCUCCCGGGCUUCGGCGUGGCGGGCGCGGCUCGCAACGGCUCUUCGGCGGCGGCGGCGGCGGCAGCAGCGGCGGCGGCGGCGGCCGCACUCGUCUCGGACUCGUUCAGCUGCGGCGGCUCGCCGGGCUCCAGCGCCUUCUCUCUCACCUCCAGCAGCGCGGCGGCCGCCAGCUCGCCCUUCGCCAACGACUACUCCGUCUUCCAGGCGCCGGGCAGUGCCGGCGGCGGCGGCGGCGGCGGAGGCGGCGGCGGCGGGGCGGCGGGACAAGAGGCAGCGGCGCAUCAGCCUGUCUUCAUCUCCAAGGUGCACACGUCGGUGGAGGGGCUGCAGGGCAUCUACCCGCGGGUGGGCAUGGCGCACCCCUACGAGUCCUGGUUCAAACCCUCGCACCCGGGGCUGGGCGCCGGUGAGGUGGGCUCGGCGGGCGCCUCCAGCUGGUGGGACGUGGGCGCCGGCUGGAUCGACGUGCAGAGCCCCAACGGGGCGGCCGCCCUGCCCGGCUCGCUGCACCCGGCGGCCGGCGGGCUCCAGACCUCGCUCCACUCGCCGCUAGGCGGUUACAACUCGGAUUACUCGGGCCUGGGCCACUCGGCAUUCAGCAGCGGCGCCUCCUCACACCUCCUCAGCCCCGCCGGCCAGCACCUCAUGGACGGAUUUAAGCCGGUGCUGCCCGGCUCCUACCCGGACUCGGCCCCCUCGCCGCUGGCCGGCGCUGGCGGUUCCAUGCUGAGUGGCGGCCCCGCCGCACCGCUGGCCGCCUCGCCGCGCUCCUCCGCCCGCCGCUACUCGGGCCGCGCCACCUGCGACUGCCCCAACUGCCAAGAGGCCGAGCGGCUGGGGCCGGCGGGGGCCAGCCUGCGGCGCAAAGGGCUGCACAGCUGCCAUAUCCCCGGCUGCGGCAAGGUCUACGGCAAGACCUCGCACUUGAAGGCGCACCUGCGCUGGCACACGGGCGAGCGUCCCUUCGUGUGCAACUGGCUCUUCUGCGGCAAGCGCUUUACCCGCUCCGACGAGUUGCAGCGGCACCUGCGGACCCACACAGGCGAGAAGCGCUUCGCCUGCCCCGUCUGCAACAAGCGCUUCAUGCGCAGCGACCACCUCAGCAAGCACGUCAAGACCCACAGCGGCCCGGGCGGCGCUGGCGGCCCCGGUGGCCCUGGCGGCGGUCCCGGCCCCGGUGGCAAGAAGGGCAGCGACACCGACAGUGAGCAUAGCGCGGCCGGCAGCCCGCCCUGCCACUCCCCGGAGCUGCUGCCGCCCCCUGAGCCUGGCCACCGCAACGGCCUGGAGUGA